AUGAUGAACAUCAAGCAUAUUAUGGCGCGCGACAACGACAGCGAGGGCCUCAGCAACACCCACGUUGCGCUGCUCGUCUCCCUGCUUAUGCUCGUUCUGCUUGGCAUGAUUCUCAUCGGCGCCCUCAUGUUCCUGCGAAGCAUGCGCCGUGCACGCAAAGCAGCCGAAGCAAACUCACAGCUCCCCCUCUACGAGAAGCGCCAAUCAAACCACCGCCUCACCAUCACUGCCAUGCCCUACAAGGGCCGCGAGUCCGUCGUCGUCUACGAAAAGGAGCAGCUGAUGCGCAGCAACCCGGAGUCACCCUCCAGCCCAGUGCCCGAAAUCCGCAUCACAUUCCCCGACGAGGUCGACGAGUCAGGAAAGCGACAGUCUGGUCGGGUCGUUGUUGUUCGUGUUGGAGACCACAGCGUCGGGCUGGAGCCUGUCUCAGAAGACGACCUUCCCCCCUACCAGCGCGACGCCUCGGAUCGCUUUGACUCGCUCGAUCUUGACCGUAUCGGCGGACUGAAGGAGAAGGACAGCAAAUACUACUCAUAGUCGAGUAGCAUAUCGGAAAUGCCCGGCUGGACUUGCAACGAAACGUCCGGCUGCCCGGGUCAGCCCUUUGGCUACGAUCGAUUAUUUUUAUGACAGCUCUACCGUCAAUUGUCAGUUUCUGGCCCGGUGAAGGAAGUCAGCAUGACUCCAGGCGGUUGUAUAUUCUGGGAGAUGAUUGCACAUACGCACAUGAGUCGUUGCCAUCUUCGAUCGAGGUCAUGUCCUCCUAUAUAACUCUUAUUCUUAAUGUAUGAUAUGCCAUCUCAAGCGACUGUACAUGAGCAGCAGGAGAGCGAAUACACAAAUUUUACCCAUCCAG